ACAGGAAACAAAGCAAAGCAAAUCAAAGCAACAUAAAACACAAUUUUAAUAUAUUCGAGAUCGGAUUCCUCUUGAUUUCGAAUAAGACAAGACCAACAGUGUUUUGGUGACGAUAUCGAUCGAAAAACACCAUCGAUACUUGAAAUCCAUUUGAUACAUUCGCGAGUAUCCAGUCCUCGCCUGCAACAUGGCGCUCAUACAGACUGCAUUUAUAUGGGUUGCGUAUGCCGUUGCUGUAGGCAUCGUAGCUCUAAUAGCAGCUAUUUUUACCUAUACGUAUCAAACACCACGCGACCGCUCAGCUCUGGUUUCUACCGUCACGAUUAUCACAUUGACCUCCCUAUUGGCAACGGUUCUACUUCUUCCUGUUGAUAUUGCUCUUGUCAGCUCGACGACCUCGAAGCUUGGUGCAAAGAAAGACUGGGCAACUCCCGAGACUGUCCACAACAUCCUCCUAACUCUAAAAAUUGUUUACUAUGCAUUAUACAGCUUGGAUGCCGUUCUAUGCCUUCUUGUUAUCCCAUUCACAUACUUCUUUUACGAAGAAUACGAUGAAAUCGAUUCGGAGGAAGGCACGCAGACAUUCGGCCAGAGAUUCCUCAGUGCCGCAAAGUACACACUAUUUUUUGUUGUCCUGGUCGUGAUUUUGUUCUUGGUUGGAUUUUUUGUACCUGUCGCAAAGAAUCGUGGAUCCGAUAUGGAUCUAGACUACUUCAAACGUCUUUUGGCUGAGAACCACGGAGAGCGUGCCUUAACUUUCGCAUUGGGCCUAUUGAUUUCAUUGGGCACGUUGUUAUACAUACUUUACACAUCUGUUGGAUUGGCAUUGUUACCCAUAUCUUUCAUCAAAUCUUCACCUUCAAUCAGCGCGCCACAGCUUUCAGAAACAACAGCAUCAGCUCUAGAGCAAAACAGAGAACGACAACGUCAACUAGAGGGACGAAAUGCUGGGAGAGAUGGCGGAUUGUCGGCUAAAGACCAGCGAGAAUUGGAAGCCUUGCAUCGUGAAGAGCGCACUCUGGUUAGACGAGAACGUCUAGCCGCAGAAGCUCGUGGAGAAGGGAAGAGCUUUAUCGUGAGAGCAUGGACCAAGACUUGCGCAAUCUUCAGACCUCUCAAAUUGAUUGGAGGAAUACUGCUUCUUAUUCUCUCCCUGGUUAUAUGGGUUUCUAUGCUCAUUACAGGAAUUGAUAAGGCGAAAAACUCAUUCUGUAAACAACAUUGUGGUUACAUUCUAGGAAGUAUCAAUAUCUUCCAGCCGAUCAAUUGGAUUUUCGUCAAGUCAUCUAUAGUCUUCCCAAUUGACUAUGUCUUGAUGGCACUAUUAGUCCUAUUCCUCUUCAGUAGUUCAGUCACAGGAAUCGCCGCUAUCGGUCUUCGAUUCUUAUGGGUAAAACUAUUUGAAAUACGAAAGGGACAUACCUCUCCACAAGCUCUCCUCAUGGCGACCGUCAUGUUAACUUUGAUCAUACUCGCGAUAAAUUACUCAAUCGCCAUGUUAAUAGCACCACAAUACGCAAUUUAUGGUGCCCAAACAUUCUGCGCCAACCCUACUAAAUUUCCUGGCGACCAACCAGAUUGUAGCAACCACCCAGAGUUGAUCAAAACAUGCAGUGAGCUUUCUUCGGGCGAGGGUGCCGAAAAGGUCUGCACACCUAGCGUUGUGUCUACUUUCCUCAAUAGAGUUACCGUCAACUUCCCAUUCUUCGGUGCUCUUGCAUUUUGGGCUCAAUUUGUCUUCCUCGCAAUCUUUUUGAUCGUCUUCGUUACGGCAUUGUUCCGAACUCCCAAAUUGGACCUUAGCGAGAUUGAUGAAGAUGCUGAGGCUGAUGAGGAAGAAGGCCUUCUUGCUAGUACUGGUAGGAGAUUCGGUGCCACGUGGCAAGAUAUCCGUGGCAAAACGAAGAAUACUAGUAGUGGUGCUGCUGGUCGAGGAAUUCGCGGUGAUGACGAUCAUAACGACGAUUAGUUCUCUACCACGACCUCAAUCUUUUCUUUCUGAAAUUGCAAUCUUCUUAUUUUGGAUCCAUGGAUGGUUGGUCGGGUGGGUGGCGGAUGGCGGAUGGAUCUGGACAAGAUUGGAAAAAAGGACGGAGUUGAUUUAGGGAUUUGCAUCUUGUAUAGUAUACACGCGAUUGGUUUGAGGAUUUUGUUUUUCAGUUCUGCACUGCGUAUAUGUGAACUCGGUAAUACGUGAGGGGAAAUGCAUGUCUUUCGAAUUCUCAAACGAUUGCAAUUAAUGCCGCCAAUCGAGAAAUUGGUAGGACGAGGGUAUGGUCCCGGCGGUAUGGUAGCAGGAAGGGGGACGGGAUUGUUUUUAGCACACUGCAACAGCAAAAUUUAAUUGUUUAUAUUCACUCAUUCCGUGGCGACUGAAACGUCUCCAGUCAUUGAUCGUGUGUGAAGGUUGACCACAGCCUAUCCUAAUUCCAAUCAUAAAGCUCCAGAGCAUAAAG